ACGGGACAGUUUCCUUUCCGCUGACACUCUACCAGAGCCGUGGAGGAAGAGAUUACGGAGGCAGCGGCUGCCGCUCCAGGCAUGGGGACCCCACGGGCGCCCUGGCCUCUUGUCUGGGCCGUGCUGCAGCUGGGCUGGUGGCCAGGAUGGCUCUUAGACUCCCCCUACAGGCCCUGGAGCCCCCUCACCUUCUCCCCGGCCCAGCUCACGGUGCUCGAGGGGGAGAACGCCACCUUCGUCUGCCACCUGCCCGACGUACCCGAGAGCUUCGUGCUCAACUGGUACCGCGUGAGUCCCCGCAACCAGACGGACAAGCUGGCCGCCUUCCAGGAGAACCACACCGAGCCCGGCAAGGACAGGCGCUUCCGCGUCACGCGGCUGCCCAGCGGGCAGGACUUCCACACGACCAUCCUCACCGCCCAGCUCAACGACAGCGGCAUCUACCUCUGCGGGGCCAUCUACCUGCCCCCCAACACGCAGAUCUAUGAGAGCCCACGAGCGGAGCUCACUGUGAAAGGUGCACGGCCGGGCAGCCGGGGCAGGGGGCGUGGCAGGGACUGCCCAGGCUGCACUUCCAACCCACGGGGUGGGGGGGGUGGGGUGGCCCCCCCAACCCCCGGGGGCAGGGACCCCUGCCACAACCCCCACCCCGAGGACCGCCGGGUCUCCUGGGCUCACUCCGGACGCUUCUUCACAGGUGCCUGUGCGUGUGGGAGCGAGGACGAGCCUCUGAAGGAGGGCCCCUCUGCGGCACCCGUGUUCACCGUCGACUACGGAGAGCUGGAUUUUCAGUGGCGAGAGAAGACGCCCGAGCCCCCCGCCCCCUGCGCCCCCGAACAGACCGAGUAUGCCACGAUCGUCUUCCCCAGCAGGCCGGGCUCCCCGGGGCCCCUGCCUCUGAGGCCCGAGGAGGGACCCUGCCCUUGGCCCCUCUGACCGGCUUCCUCGGCUGGCCUGCGUCCUUCGGAGCCUCCGCCAGGGGCGCCAGCGGACCCUUCCCCGGAGGAGCAUGCCGUGGGGAGGCUGUGGGGACUGCCAGCUUGGCUCGCCUCUCGCCGCUCACGUGACCCCGGGGGUAGGAGGUGUCCCCGUCCCGUGCCGUGCGGCCGGCCGUGUGGCGGUGGGGAGGGGACUCGGGGCCGAGCCGGCCCAUCGCUCCCCAGAUCUGCUGCUCUGCACCUCCACACACGCCUCCCUGCGGGGGAUGGUCUGGCGCUGCGGCUCUCCCUGACCCACCAAUGCCUCCCAGGGGAGCUCCAGGACAUGGGCGCACAGGGUCCCUGGUUGGGGACUGUGCCGGUGAAGUGCCCCCACGGCCAAGAGAUGCAGCACACGGGUGGAGGGACACACGCAUGGGGUCCAGGACCUCGUGCCCCUCCGGGCCUGGAAAAGAGCUCCUGGUGUGGGGAAGGGCAGGCCGUCCGUGGGCCACCCUCAUGCACAGCCCAGCCCACCAAACAGCCUGGGGGCAGGGGGGCAACAAGGGGAACGGGCCCCAGCUGGGGAGUCGCCCUCCCCUCGGUGCCCAUGCAUGGUGCUAUUUAUGGGGGCCUCCGCCCGGCACCCCCCGGGCCCACUGUCACGGCGGGGGGGGCAGUGGUACCCAGGUGUCAGGGGCUGUCUUAGGUUCCACACACACCUCAGAGCCCCUCACCCUGUUCUAUUAUAUUAUAAUUAAAUACUGACGAAAACUCUAAGAAAAGCCUA